UCCAGCUGAGACUAGAGGGCCAUACAUGAACUGCAUUAGAUCACUCUGUAACGCUGAUGUCGGAGUAGACUUCGUAGUCGGAAAAGACGUCUCUUUGCCGGAAACAAAAGUCUCUUCGUCACAAAACCCUAACGGAAAAAUUGGAGGUAACCGUCCUUCCAAGCGAACCAUCCUCGCCUUCUUCGCCGGAAACCUACACGGUUACGUCAGACCCAUCUUGCUUAACCAUUGGUCUUCGAGACCCGAGCCAGAUAUGAAGAUCUUUAACCGUGUCGAUCACAAAUCGUACAUCCGGUACAUGAAACGAAGCAGAUACUGCGUUUGCGCUAAAGGUUACGAGGUGAAUAGCCCUAGAGUGGUGGAGUCGAUUCUUUACGGCUGCGUUCCGGUGAUUAUCUCUGAUAACUUUGUGCCACCGUUUCUUGAGAUUCUUAACUGGGAAUCUUUCGCCGUGUUCGUGCCGGAGAAGGAGAUUCCUAAUCUGAGGAAGAUUCUGGUAUCGAUCCCGGUGAGAAGAUACGUGGAGAUGCAGAAGAGAGUGUCGAAGGUUCAAAAACAUUUCAUGUGGCAUGAUGGUGAACCGGUUCGGUACGAUUUAUUUCAUACGAUUCUUCAUUCGGUUUGGUAUAACCGGGUUUUUCAGACGUUUUAGCCAUAUGUUUUAACCAGGAUUAUGGGAUUGUUACGUCGAUUUACUUACUCUCUCUGUUUAAUUAUAUUUUUGUGUGUAAGUAAAUUAAAAUAAAAUAUAAAUUUUUGAGUUAA